AUGCUCUCGGAAGACCAUGAAGAUUUGACUUGUCCCAUCUCGAGAGAAUUACUCCAAGAUCCGAUCGUCGUGCCGUGCUGUGGGAGAGCCUUUUCACGUGAAUCUCUGAGAGUCUACUUUGGACAAUUCUCACCUCACUCAGUUAGUGGAAAUCACAAGGCUUGUCCUUGUUGCAGAGCCGAUUUGGACCAUUUCAAUGUACAAGAGGCUCCUAAAAACGUGAAUUUAGCCUCUCUUGUGGAGAUGGUCUUGCAAGAGAAGAACACGAGUACAACAGCAGCUGCCUCGAAUCAUGAUGAACCACAAGCCAAGUUUUCUGCUGAGGCCGAACACUUGUUGGACAACGAUGAUCAUGAUAUUGGAGUGGCCGAGCUCAAAAUCACAGUCAAUGAUUCCACUCUCAAUCCUAAACCCACACUUUUCAUUGUAUUGGCCGAUGUCUCAGGAUCCAUGCAAGGUCGGCCUUGGGAACAAGUGUGUGCCUCUUUGAAACAUAUUGCUCAUCAGAGUUUUGAAAAUCCAGCCGUGAUUUGUCGGAUGGUGGCCUAUGAAAGUAGUGCCAAAGAAAUUGACAUGAGCGGAAGUUUGAAUCAAAUUGUUGCUCGAAUUGAGAAGGCAUUUACGGGAGGAGGAACUGAUUUCGCGAGUGCAUUCUCCACUGCAUGCUCAAUCAUUAAAAGAGAAAGUCACAAUCAGGGAACUGUGGCUGAGGAGCUACCUUUUGGACAUGUAGUGAUUGCCUUCUUGACAGAUGGUCAAGAUCAGUCCUGUGUCGGACUUCAAGAUGGUAUUGAAUAUCUUCGUAGAGAGUUGGAUAAAGUGUACAGAGGUGACUAUGUCGUUCAUACAGUUGGUUUUGGAAGCAAUCAUAAUUUGGAAUUAUUGGAUGCAAUGAGAAAAGUUGGUACUUUGGAAGGAGCUUAUCGUUAUGCAAACUAUGACGAUAAUGAUGACGUUAUUUGUGGAAAAUUAACUUCGAUAUUCGAUACUGUGAGUUCCUCCAGUACCAUCUCUGCUGAAAUUACCUUAUCUGAGGGGUUGUUCACUCUUUAUGGAAGUGACUCCAAGCCAGGAAAUACAUUCUUGGUGAAUAUUCCAGUGAACAAGUCAGGUCAUGGAUCCAUCACUCGGUACAUUACUUGUGUUCCAGAAUCAGACAAAACAAUUCAAGCUCAAUUAAGAGUCUCUGGAAGAGAUCCAAUCCAAAUAUAUAUUUUUCAAACGAUAUGCCCUCAACGAUUGAGAUUAAGAUCUCUCCAAAAAUUGGCCAGUCAUCAUGUCGAUCAACUUGCUGCUCAGGCUCUCUAUUUGGCCGGAGUUGACAAGAAACAAUACGGAGAAGCAUUGUUUGCAUUUCAUUGCGAAUUAUUGAUUCGAUGCACUGCAUCUUUGAAGGGAAUUGAUCAAUUAUUGGGUGACAAAUUGACAGUUAUUGAGGCUGAAUUGCAGAAAAUUAAGCUAGGUCAAGUUGUGAACACGAAUGUUUUGAACGAUUUAAAGUUUUCUAGCAUGUUUUCUGUGAAACAAACGCCUGAACCAGAAUUCAAGAAAAAGAAAGAACGUAAUAGAAUUGUGCAACCACCAAAAUUCAAAAACGCUCUUGCGGGAGGAAACGGUCAAAUCUCCAAGUACAACAUUAAGAAAAUCCAUUAUGCCCACGGUAAAAAACAAUAUUCCAAAGUACAUACUGCUGUCGUUCAACUCAAGAGUAGUGAAUUUGCAAACUACUUAAUUCAAGAGAAUUGCCUAUCAAUCAUUAAUGAGAAGGAUCGUGAUGGCAACACACCAUUACAUCUCGCUUGUAUGAAGGGACAUCUUGAGGCUGUAAAGAUACUGGUCUCUCAAGGUUCUGACCUUUCAAUCACCAAUAAGGACAAUCUUACGCCGUUGGACUUAGCUAUCAUGAUGGGAUAUGAUCGUUGUGUGACGUUCUUACUGGACCAACGGGCUCCAACAGCUGCUUCGAAUGAUCAACUAAUGAACUAUGUGUUUGAUAGACAUUUCUUUAGAACUGCUUCGAUACUCUUAGAUAGGGGAGUGUGUAGGAUUUCAAGCGAUAUUCGUAACUUUGUGGAUGGCAAAUGUUAUGAUUGGAUUGAUCAGAGAGAGUCUGCUUCUGCCUCCACUGAACUUUUAGAUAUGGCCGUCCGUAAAGGAAAUGUAGAGCUCUUUGAAAAAUGCGUUCAAUCUGGAAUUAUCCCUGAUGUUUAUCACAUGUAUUUGGCGAUGGACUAUGGACAACUUGGAAUUUUCAAAACUCUCGCCAAAACGCUCAAUGUCAACGACAUUGUUGGAUACGAAGGAAAUUAUGAAUCAUUGUUAUUUGUGGCAGCUUCUUCAGGGAAAUUAGAUUAUGUCAAGGUGUUAUUGGAACAUGGAGCCGAUAUGGAUUGGAGAAAUGUCAACGGCAAUAAUGCACUCUGGACUGCUUGCUGUAAUAAUAGAAUUGAUGUCGUUGAAACAUUAUUGGAGGCUGGGUCUGACCCCAACACACAAAACAACGAUGGCGUUGUUCCACUGAUUUCUUGUGCUCAGCGCGGUACUUUCGAGAUUGCUGAAAUUUUAAUGAAUUAUGGAGCUCACGUGAACACCCCAAAUAAUAAUGGAGACAAUCCAUUGAUUAUUGCUUGCAGAACUGGACAAGCAGAAAUUUUGGAAUUAUUCUUGUCCAAGGCUACCGAAGAAGAUUUGCAAUAUUGUGCCAAAAUUGAUGGAUUUAACGCCUUGUUUUCUGCUGCUGAACAAGAUAGAGCUGAAUGUAUUUUAACUCUUCAUCGUUAUGGUGCUUCUGUGAAAUGUAGAACUCGACCUGACAAUCAAAUCAUUCCAUACUCUAAUCCUCUUCACUUGACAGCUCUCUAUGGAUGUGUGAACGCUGCAAAGGUUUUGCUUGAUUUGGGUGCUGAUAUUGAAGCUCAAGAUUUGGCAGGUAUGACACCUCUUCAUGUAGCUAUGCUUCGAGGUAAUUUAGAGGUUGUUAAAUUAUUCAUUUCAAGAAAUGCUAACAUGUUCGCUCUUGACAAUGCAGGAAAUAUGCCUGGAGCUUACUGCCAAGACAUUAAUCCAGAUAUUCUUGUGGAACCAUUGUAUCCUUUCCUUGUGAAGAUUGCUCAUGGAGACUAUGGAUUAUUGGAAUCGAAAUUUAUUGACCUCCUGAGAAAUUAUGGUGUUUUACCCGGAUUUUUGCAACCAGGAGAGAUUACAAAUUUGAGAGGUUUAACCGCCGGAUGUGCACUCAUUGAAGCAGUCAUUUAUGGAAAUGUGAAUGCUGCUAAAGCUUUUGUCGAGUUGGGAGCAGAAGCUUCAAUUAAGGAUUCUUUUGGUAUGACAGCUCGAGAUUGGGCAAAAGUUGUUGGAGGUAUGAUGAAAAUUAUCAUUCCUGGAUCUCCCAACUCUGAAAUUAUGAAUCGACUUUCAUUGGUAACAGGCAGGGAUAAGCAAUUAGUUACACUCAUUGGGAAACCACCUCAACGAGGAGAUUUACAGAUUGUGACUCCUCAUAUUGAUGAAUUUUUUGAACCUUCCUCUAUGACUCAAGAGAUCACCGUAGUUGAACCUCUAAAAAUUUAUGAUCAUCCUAAAUGGGUUGGAGGAAAGAAUGUUUUCCAAAAUGAAAUCUUUCACAUCAAGAGACAAAUUAUUGGUCAUGUGGCAAGUGGGUCUCCCAUUCCUCCAAGAACUUGGGCUAUUUUGUACCUCAUUUCUGGAGAUACCUCUGCCAUCAACAUUUACAAUUCAGCUCCUCAAUCUUUCAACUUUGAUGAAACACCUAAAUUUGAAGGAGAAUCAUUCAUUUAUGAAUCCAAAGUGGACAGAACUAAAUUCAUGCCUGGAUCCACCAUUUGUUGGAACAGAUUUGUUGUCUCAAAUUUGAAUUGGAACAUUCCGAAACAAGGAACCUUAUUCUUAAUCAAAUCCAAGAAAUCUGGUACUAAGGUUGCUCAAAAGGUUGUGUUUGGUACAAACGCAAAAUUCAAAGUGACACAUUGGUAUAAGGCGGACUCCACCUGCAUUGCCCAAAAGAACAUUCGUGUGUCCUGCUUCAAGAUUGACGACACUGACAACAAAUACAAACUCACCGAUUCACCCAUCAUUAUUGAACUCGAAGAAAUUGAGAAGGAAGAAUAA